GUUUCUCUCAAACCUCUCUUUGCCUUGCUCUCCGAUCUCCACUUCUCUAUGUGCCUUGCUUUCUUCCAGAAAACGCUCAAGUCAGUCAAAUUGGUUUAGAUCUAUUCGGCGGGGGUUAAAACGGCAACGCUCUCUUGCUGAAAAGUAGCGAAUUUGGUCUCGAUUUGAAGAAAAUUUGAAGCCCUUAAAAGAUUGCAUCUCCUGCUGCCGAUUUGAUUUGGGAGAUUGGGUUUUUCGAGUUUGUGACUUUUCUUUGAAGGCUGCGAAGACCUCUGUGUUUAAGCUGAAGUAGCUAAAGUUAAGAAAGAACAAAAGGUAAAUUCUUUUCUCAUCCUUACAAAAUUUGAUAUUGAUUUUGAAAAUAGUGAAAACCCAAUAAAACAAACUGACUUUCUCAACCGAAGAUUAUGAUAUAUGUUUCGCAUUUGAUUAUUUAGGAUAAUUACAUGCGUGAGGAUUAUUAAAUGAUAUAUUUGAUAAAUACGUCUAAUUUUAAGGUAGGAGCCUUUAGAUUACAACUCACUUUAUGGUUUUGCAUUAAGCAAAUCUGGAGGAAAUCUGCUCUUAGUUGAUGCUCUGUCUCCAUCUUUUUUGCCUGCUUUAAUAUGCUUUCUUAUGAUUUCUGCUGUCUUCUGCUCUUAGUUGAUGCUCUGUCUCCGUCUUUUCUGUUCUUAUGUAAAAAUAUUGGUUUUGUUCUAACUUCUUGUAUAUACUAAACGUGAGUUUCCCCGGCACUGUAGAUCACCAGUGUCCGGACGGAACUGCCCUCGCUUCUCUGUUUUCUUUCCGUUUGUGUCCCUGUUUUCCACGAGGCGCUCAUCUUAUUCUCUCGACUUUGAGAGUCAUCUUGAGUUAGGGUUUUGUUCCUUCGUUGCUUUUCUUGAUUUCGGCUUUUGCUCUUUUCGUUUUGGCUGUUCUUUCUUCCAAUCCUCUGUUUCCUGUGAUAUCCGUGCUUUCUUUCGCGGAAAGGGUUUCUGAUUUUCGUGGUUUAAGGGAUUUUGUGGUUGCCAGGCCGUUGUGCGUCUAUUUAGAUUCGGGAUUUUUUGCGUUCCGAGGGUUUCGACAUCUCUAAUUGGGGUAAAGAAUUCCUGCUGUUUCCCCCUUUUUCCGUUUGGGAUUUCUGGGUUGUGGCUGGGUUUUUGGCCGAUUUACACCUCUUUUCAAGGGUGGCGUCUUUGCAGCCCGCUGUGGAACAAGUGUGAUCCAACUAAGAAAUUUUGUGCCCAUCUUGGGUUCGCUUCGAACUUGGUUGAGACCGAUCUAAUCCAGCGUUUCCAGAUUCGGGAAACCGUCCCUUUCAGAUUUUUGGAUUUUCGAUUCUGAUUCUUGGAACUCUCUGUGCUAAAGAGUAACGUCGAACCCCAAAGCUGUACAAAUUAGGGCUUGCAGAUUCUCUCUUCGAGAAUUCUGAUCGCAUCGUAUCCAUUUGUCUUCAAAUUGAACUUGAUUUUCGAUGCCUAGGGCUUGAAGGCAGGGUAAUCGGAAUCGCACUUUUAGCGGCUCCGCACAGAUUAUCCUCGAUUUCAGAGGCCUUAAGAUUUUCGAUUGGCGUUGUGGUUGAAAGGAAUUUCAGGUACUUGCAUUUGUAAUUGUUCAAUUCGAGAGGGAAAUGCAGGGAUAUGAUAGAGAUGAUUAUGGUCAAUCAGGCGACGAAUAUGAGGAUUAUGAGGACGAUGAGGAUGGUGAAGAAUAUGAAGAGGAAGAGGAAGAUCCAAAGCCUACCAAGGAAGCAUUGGCAUACCUUGAGUUGAGACAACGCUUGAAAGAACAAUUACGAAAGAAGAAAAGCGGUUCUUCUUUGGCCAACUCCAGUAAUAAAAAGAAGAAGCUCCCCUAUGACAAUUUUGGAUCUUUCUUUGGCCCAUCUCAACCAGUUAUUGCUGAGAGAGUGAUUCAAGAAAGCAAAUCGUUGUUAGAAACCAAGCACCUAACAUCCAGUUCUACCAACUCUGUCCAUCAUAACAAGAAGAGCUCUGGAUCAACCUCUGCUGUAACGAAAUCUGUAUCAAAUGAUCAGAAACCCAAAGUCAUUAAUGAGGUUAAGAGUAAAGUACAAAAGAUUAAGGAUACAAGAGAUUACUCGUUUUUACUUUCUGACGAUGCAGAGCCCCCAGCCCCUACAAAAGAUCGACCACCUCAAAAUGCCUCUGUUUCAAAUUCUGAGGUGCGAUCUAGUCAAAUGGCGACAAAUAAUGGCAGACAUAUACCUUCAUCAAAUAAUGGCAGACAUAUACCUUCAUCAAAUAAUGGCAGACAUAUACCUUCAUCAAAUAAUGGCAGACAUGUACCUUCAUCAAAUAAUGGCAGACAUGUACCUUCGGCAAAUAAUGGCAGACAUGUACCUUCAGCAAAUAAUGGCAGACAUGUACCUUCAGCAAAUAAUGGCAGACAUGUACCUUCAGCAAAUAAUGGUAGAGUUGUACCUGGCCGUCGUGAUGAAAGGAAACUGGUAUCUACGAAUGGACAGAUGCAUUCUAAAGUGGGGCCCAAUAAGUUGAGUUCUGCCAGUAGACGACCCGAUGCAACAUCAAUGGACUCGAGAAGACAGCUUGGUAGCAACGGUGGAAAUGGGCCUGGCCGGCCUCUAGAGACAAAAAGAUUGCCAUCUAAGAUGCCUGCUUCAACCACUGAGAGGAAAGCUUCUACACCAGGCCUAAAGAAUCCCAUGUCUGGUGUGCCCACCAAACCACCUCUUUCAAAGUUGCAGUCAUCUAUUCCAAGGCAGCAGUUGCAACAAAAAAAAGAAGUACGAGAAUCUAAUAAGCCCAAAGUGUUACCGAAACAGUCAUCAGGAUUGUCAAGACCUCAGCACGUAAACAAGCCACAAAUGCAAAGGCAAAUCUCGUCACGUCCUGUGUCUCACGAGCGUCCUCCCAAAAAGAAGCCUAUGAGACAGCACCCAGAUGAUGAUGAACCGGGUCUGGAUUUUAGAAGUGAGAUCAGAAAAAUGUUUCGUCAACCAGAAAGAUACGCUAGUGACGACGACGAUAGUGAUAUGGAGGCGAACUUUGAGGAUAUUAUGAAGGAGGAGAGACGAAGUGCGCUAAUCGCAAGAAGGGAGGACGAAGAGCAGGCUAGGUUGAUAGAAGAAGAAGAAAGGAGGGAACGGAUGGCUAAACAAAAUCGCAAGCGUAAGGUCGGUCAUUAGAGUGACCAGCCACAGGGAAGGGAAGUGAAGGAAGGGGAAUUUUUUUCGCCUCACUUGACAAAAAUAUAACCAAAAAAAAAAAAAAAAAAAAAAAAAAAUUCUUUGGUCAAUUUAAGUCCCACCACCAUUGUAUUUUGCUCUUGUAAAAGCGGAGUUGAUGUUUUGGGACUAAAUUAUCCUGAAGUUGUAGGAGAUUUUUUUGGUUGCAAAUUCAAAUGUAUUUCCAACGUAAAAUAAUGUAGAAUGUAGUUUUUUGGGUGCUGGAGAGCGGGGAUGAAGAUGCAUUUUGUGGCUUUA